AUGGGCGACACCUCUGAUCAGUUUCUUCCUCCAGAAACUCAACCACUGCCAAAUACUUCAGGAUUCUCAUCUUCUGAAAAUGCUUUACCCCUGCCAGGCACUCAUUUUUUUCAGGAGUCCAUUCAUCCUGACCAUAAUGCUCGUGAUGCUGGGGCCAGUCUUUUUCCUCUUCCCCUUUCAAAUGCAUCCACUCCUACUCCCUUCCCAACUUCUCUUCAACAGAUGGGCCCACCAUCUCAGUUGAAUUAUCUUCAAUCCAACGGUUCUGAAUUAGCGAGCUCGCAGCCUCAUGCAAGAUCCAGCGGUUCUCAUGUGCAAUCUGAAUGCAGUAAUGACAUUGAAGCUGCUGCUCAGAAUGCCGUGCUACAAGAACAAGAAAUUGCCACCCAAAAGAUAAUUCAGAGCCAAAGAGAAUCAACUGCUGCAAGUGGACCUCCUGAGGACUGUAAGGACAUUUUGUCUGGACGUCAUGACCCAAAUGCUCUAAAGGAGCAUCUAUUGAAAAUGACCACACAACAUCGAACAGAAAUGAAUUUAAAACGUGGGAAGCCUACCUUUAAAGAGGAAGGUAACCUGGAAAUUGGAAAUGGAUAUGGUGUGCCAGGUGGAGGUGCUUACCAUGGCACUUCAGUAAACAAUAUAAAUACCCCUGAGGUUGAUGGCAAUAGAACAAGUCAAAAGAAUACAGAGUUUAAUGUAGAAUCUCAGCAGAAGUCAGUGGCUAAAGAGUUGCCUGAAUAUCUCAAGAAAAAGUUGAAAGCAAGGGGUAUUCUGAAAGAUGAUCGAAUUACAGAGAAUCACCUCGUCUCAGAAAAUAGCUUGGAGACUGCACCACCUCAGACCACUGUGCCUGGGAAUUUGCCUCCAGGAUGGAUUGAAGCAAGGGACCCUGAAAAUGGUGCUUUGUUUUAUUAUAACCAAAGUUCUGGAAUAAGUCAAUGGGAAAGACCUAUUGAUACUGCUCCUAAGUUGGUCUCAGUGACAUCUUCUCUACCAGAAGAUUGGCAAGAAGCAUUUGAUGAAACAACAGGUCAAAAGUAUUACUAUAACAGGAAGACCAAUGUGUCGCAAUGGGAGCAUCCAGAAAGUCUUCUGCAGGUUACCCCUCAACAUUAUGAGAGAACCGUCUCCAGUAAUGCUAUGGAAGGGAAUCGGGGAGCUCAGGCCAGUAAUGCUAUGGAAGGGAAUUGGGGGGCUCAGGCAUCUAUGUUUCCGAAAUGCAUGGGGUGUGGUGGGUGGGGUGUGGGGCUAGUACAGUCAUGGGGCUACUGCAACCAUUGCACUCGACUUCAUAAUCUUCCACAAAGCCAAUACGUAUCAGCCAGUGUAGAAAGCCAACAGCAUACCACAACUCCUGCCAGAAAUAAAGGAGACUCAGACAAGAGAUCUUCCAAGAACAGGUCUGAUUUGAAACCCCCACGUGGGAUGAGCCAUAAAAGGGACAACAGGAAGCGUGCCUAUUCUGAGGAUGAUGAGUUGGACCCUAUGGAUCCAAGUUCAUAUUCAGAUGCUCCUCGUGGUGGUUGGGUUGUAGGCCUUAAAGGAGUACAGCCGAGAGCAGCAGAUACCACUGCCACGGGUCCUCUCUUUCAGCAGCGCCCUUACCCGUCACCUGGGGCAGUCUUACGUAAAAAUGCUGAAAUUGCUUCUCAAAAGAAAAAGCCUGGCUCUCAAUAUGCUCCUAUAUCCAAGAGAGGGGAUGGAAGUGAUGGGCUCGGGGAUGCUGACUGA